AUGAGACUGUCUUUCUUUCACUUCUCGGCAACUUUCGUCCUUGCGACCUCUACUGCGGUGGCCAUCAAGAUUCCCUCGCACAAGCAUUGGGGUCGGCAAGAUCCAGGGAGGCAUUGGAUGUUUGAGGACAAGGAAAAUCUGGCACCGAAGACAAUCAACCUAACGCUGCAGAGCAAGUUGCCAGGCUCGCCGAUUUGGAUUCCCUGCCUCACAUGUUUACCAGGCCAGAGUUGUACGGUGGAGCUGGGCACCGCUCUUGUCCGAGGCGACAAGUCGAUAUCGUCACAGGUCGAGCGGGCCUACCAGCAGCUUAAGCCGUCUCAACGCGAGCGUUGCUUCAUUUGUCCGCCUGGAAAGACUUGCAUCAUCGAGGCGGCGACCCCGGUCCCGCCCAAAAACCCAGUCUGGGUCAUCAAAACACCAACGAGCGGCGGCAACAAAGCUAACGACAGCUGCAUCGCAUGCUUGCAUAGUCAAUUGUGCAAGGUUACGCCCAGCAGCAAGAUUAUGACCAAUCCGCUGCAAGAUUCAAUCAAGACAGGCCAGGAGGAUUCGUGGAUGUUCGCAAACAAAACGGGUCAUUCUAGUGAUCUCCCCUUUCCCAAUACAGCAGACCAAGCCGCUGAGGCAUGCAAGUCUAGCAAAGAGACGGUCAUCGUCGAGGGAAACGGACAACUGCCCAUCCUAAGCGGCAACCCUCUGAGAUUCAUUGUAUGCCCAAAGGGAGGCAGUGGUGCACUUUCGACGACAAAGAGAUCCGUCGAUGUCUACCUCAUUCGUCGCCUCACCAGCGCUGAAUGGAAACAGCAGCGAGACUUGCAGCAAGUCCCCGAGACUGGCUUUGAGCUCCACGAGGUCUUGAAGCUCUACGAAAUCGCGCCCAACGAGGCCGUGCCCAGACUGAUGUCGGGAAUCUAUACGCUCCUGUUCAAAGAGAGGGGCGAGGACGACUGGCAGACCUACCAGAAGGACCUCGCGUUUGAUUGA